UUCGAUUAACGCCUACCGGUCCAUUGUGUUCUCUUCAGGCUAAUAUCGGUCUCUCUUGCACAGAUUAGAUAACAAACUCAGACCUGUCUCAUGCUCAAAUAAGGGAUAUAUAACCGUGAAUCGCCUUGGUGAAAUUUGUCGGUGCCUGCAAGCGGUCACAAACAAAAAUGCUGAAAUCACUCCUGGUCGUGGGACUUUUGAGCGCUGUUUGCUUUGGACGAGAGAUUCAUCCUAAGAAGUGGCACCCACUCUCCGACCAAAUGAUCAACUUCAUCAACAAGAUCAACACAACUUGGAAGGCCGGAAGAAACUUCAACGAAUCCAUCUCAAUGAGCUACAUCAGGGGUCUGCUGGGAGUGCACCCUAAGAGCAAGGAAUACCGCCUGGCAGAGUUCGUGCACGACGAGAUCCCAGAUGACCUCCCGGAAAGCUUCGAUGCACGGGAGAAGUGGUCCCACUGCGACUCUAUUCACCUUAUCCGCGACCAGUCCAGCUGCGGUUCUUGCUGGGCGUUAGGCGCUGCGGAGGCCAUAUCUGACCGAGUCUGCAUUCACAGCAAAGGAAAAAUCCUGGUGAACAUAUCGGCUGAAGACCUCAUAGAGUGCUGCCAUACCUGCGGUGCCGGUUGCGAAGGUGGAUACCCCGCGGCGGCCUGGAAAUAUUGGAAGAAGAGCGGACUCGUGAGUGGUGGCCUCUACGGCACCUCCGACGGCUGCAAGCCUUACUCUCUCGCCCCCUGCGAACACCUGACCAGGAGCUCCCUGCCCAACUGCACCGGAACCGUGCCAACGCCCAAGUGCGUGCAUCUCUGCAGGAAGGGCUACGGCAAGGACUAUCAGGAGGACAAGCACUUCGGCAAGACGGUCUAUUCUAUUUCUAAGGACGAGAAGCAAAUCCAGACCGAGAUCUUCAAGAACGGACCUGUGGAGGGUACCUUUUUCGUUUACGCUGACUUCUUCAGCUACAAAUCUGGCGUGUACCAGCAUCACAGCGGUGACUGGCUGGGAAUGCACGCUAUUCGCAUCCUUGGAUGGGGCACAGAGAACGGCACCCCUUACUGGCUCGUGGCCAACUCCUGGAACGAAGACUGGGGCGACCACGGUUAUUUCAAGAUUCUCCGUGGACAGGAGGAGUGUGGAAUUGAAGAGCGGAUUAACGCCGGUAUCCCCCAAGAAUGAAUAGACCUAAUAAAUUCUUUUUCAAAAGUAA